UGAAGAGGUAGGAUAUAUUUAUUAGUUGUCAAAGUGGAAUAGAAGAAUAAGAUUAGACUUUUUUUCUAGCACGGGCAAUCCUAUUGAAUAAUAUGGAUGGCUUAUCAAAUAUUCAUAUAAACUAAAAGUAUUUAUUUAUCUUGGAUUAUAUAGGCUAUCAAAGACUUCUUUAACAUGUUUGGAGGAGGGGACGUUCUCCAACCAUUGUAGCAGGCACGAAUUCUGGUUUGGAUUGGGUUGGACCAAUUAAAUUUUGGCUAAUCCUAAAAGAAAUGUCCUUUUGACCCAUCCCAGCCCAGGUCUUCGAUUUCUACAAAUAAUUCAAACAAAGUUUUGUCCAAAAAGCAACAGAAUGAAUCUUUGCCCCAAUUUUUUCCGCAAGUUUAGAUGGAUUCACUCUUGCAGAUGGCUUCCUCCUCCACUAACUCACAAGCUUCACACACCAAUCCGAUUCACUUCAAAUCAAACUCACCACCAAAACCAAAAACUAGUCUUCGAUUUCAAGGCAUACAUGCUCGAAAAGAUAGCCGCCGUGAACGCGGCGCUCGACGCCGCGCUCCCGCUGCGCCACCCGGCCAAGCUCCACGAAGCGAUGCGCUACUCCCUCCUCUCCGGCGGCAAGCGCGUCUGCCCCAUCGUCUGCCUGGCGGCGUGCCGCCUCGUCGGCGGCGAAGACGCGGCGGCCAUGCCAUCGGCCUGCGCGCUGGAGAUGAUCCACGCCAUGUCCCUGAUCCACGACGACCUCCCUUGCAUGGACGACGACGACCUCCGCCGCGGCCGCCCCUCUAACCACAAGGUCUUCGGGGAGCCAGCAGCGGUCCUCGCUGGGUACGCGCUCAUUGCGAGCGCGUUCGAGCAUAUCGCCACCGCCACCGAAGGCGUGCCGGCGGAGAGAACCCUCCGCGUCAUCGGCGAGGUGGCGCGGCUGAUUGGCGCCGAGGGGGUGGUGGCGGGGCAGGUCGUAGAUCUGCGAAGCGGCGGCGGCGGAGAUGACGUAGGAUUGGAGAAAUUGGAGUACAUCCACGUGCACAAGACGGCGGCGGCGGUGGAGGCGGCGGCGGUUGCGGGGGCGGUGCUAGGCGGCGCGUGCGAGGAGGAGAUCGGGAAUGUGAGGAUAUACGCGAGGCGCGCGGGGCUGAUGUUUCAGGUGGUGGAUGAUGUACUGGAUGUGACGAAAUCGACGGAGGAGCUGGGGAAGACAGCGGGGAAGGACGUCGCCACCGGUAAGGCGACCUAUCCGAAACUCAUCGGAGUGGAGAAGUCCAGGGAGGUGGCGGAGAAUUUGAAGAGGGAAGCGCAGGAGCAGCUGCUUGGAUUUGAAAGGGGGAGGGCGGCGCCAUUGAUGGCGCUGCUUGAUUUUAUUGCUUACAGAGAUAAAUGAAUAAUAUAGUACAAGAUGUUGGAUCACUUUGUUUUAAUAAUAUGGGCAGAGCAGAGGCAAUCGAGAUAAGUUGUUGACA